GAGUCCGUAGUGGGGGGUGGACGUGAGGUAGACUAAACCCCACAUUCCGCUCCCGCUUACCCCAUAUUUUAUCUUUACGGGAGUGGACUGCCGAGGAACUUCUCGUGCUUGUUACUUCCAAGGUGCUAUUAUGCAGUUGCAACUCAGUCUAUAGAGUAACAUCAGCGGAGCUUUACACAAAAAGAAAAAUGUCGAAACCAGAAUUUACCCUGAGAACCUCAAUAUAUCCUUCAAUUGAACCUGAGCAAUUCGAACAGUCCUUGGCUGGUAAAGUUGCACUAGUUACAGGCUCAGGUAGAGGUAUUGGAAAACAUAUCGCAUAUGCUCUUGCCAAAUCGGGGGCCUCUGUCGCAGUUACUGGGAGGACCAAAAGUCAGGUAGAUGAGACUACUCAGGAACUUUCGAAAUCUUUCCCAAAUGUGAAAGUUAUCGGAGUUAUCGGAGAUGUCUGUAAACGAUCUGAUUUGGAACGUUUGGUUGAAGAGGUAUGGUUGAGUGUUUGGUUCUCUUCUGAAAUUUACACUGAUGAGAUGACCUGUUAGGUCACUAACAAGCUUGGUCCCAUCGAUAUUCUUAUCAACAAUGCUGGCACAAAUACGUUUAUGCCCUUCCAUAUUACAGACGCAGACGAAUGGUGGAAACAAAUGGAAAUCAAUGUUAAAGCGCCUACAGAAUUAACAAGAAUCGUUCUACCUUCGAUGCAGAAACGGAAUUCCGGUACGAUAAUUUUCACGAGUUCUCGAGCAGCAGGUGCGGACUUGCCCUGGGCAUCAGGGUACUCAUGUGCGAAAACAGCCAUCACAAGAUUUGGAGGUGUUUUGCAAACAGAAUUGAAUAUGCUUCAGAAGGAUACGUUCGGCUUCGAGAAGAACGGCAUCUCAGUAUUCUCGAUUCACCCUGGUGAGAUCAAGACCGGGUUGCAUCAAACAGCUUAUCCGGAGAAGACGAAAGUCGAGGCACCGUAUGUUAUUGAAAUGAUGGCCAAAUUACAUAAAUCGCACCCAGAUUUUAGUAUUGAUCUACCAGCUUGGACGUGUGUUUAUUUGGCUGCUGGAAAAGGGUCAGCUUUAAGAGGCAGGUUGGUAGAUUGUACCAGGGAUUUGGAAGAAGUAACAAAUUUUGUGACGUCUUUGCCGAAGCUAAAGAUUACAAAUGCUUGUAGCUGAGGAUUAAAGAUGACUUCUCCAUAAUUAACUUUGCUGCUAUAAUACCGAAACCAUACGCGCAUGGCGGUGUAAUCAAUUGACUUUUGACAUGAGGCUAUCCUGACAUACGUGGUUUGAAAUCUUUGAUACUCUGAGAGUCUCGAUUUGUUUCGUUCUCCAGCAUCUAGAACCGCAGCCUACACCCCAGUAGACUGAUUUCCGACCAUUACUUAGCUAGAACAAGCUAAGUUCCCACAAUGAUAGAAGAUACUUGACCCUGAUGUACCGUUUUGACUACCACCCAAAGGUGGUAUUUUAGUUUGUUGAUUUCUUAACAACCAAGAUCUUGCCAUUUGUCGGAACUCCCGCGAACGAAAGUGGACGGAAUGAAUCUAGUACAUGCGUA